UCGUCAGCACUUUUCUGUGAACAAUGGCUGGAAAAACAUGGGUGGGCUUAGGUCUCGCUCUUUAACCCACUCCUGUUCACUUCGGAGGAGAACAGUGUAUUGACACUCUUGGCUGCUACUCACUGGUCCUUGAGUUUCAUUUGGCUCCGGGGCUCUCCAGUGUCCUCUCUCCACCAUGAUCUUCCUACUGCUUUUCCCUGUCCUCGUCUUAGGUGAAAUUCAAUUACAAAGCAAUGUCUCAUCCAAUGUAACAUUUGAAGAUAACGAAAGUUUUCAGGAUCAGGAGUAUUCCGCUGUUUUUCGCCACUGCAAUGAGAGCCUCCUAGAACACUUCAGCUACAUUAUAUGCUGGAAUCAGUUUCACUCUGAAAUGACAGACAUCAACAAUGAACUCUGGUGUGAAUGGGACCAAGUCAUCAGACCAUACAAUGAGCUGACCAGAUGUAUCGAGAGCUUGACCACCAACUUAGGAUGUUACUUCCCGAACCAAGUGGUGCAAGACUUCUUCAUCCAGAUCCAUUCCAGCUUCUUCCAGGCAUGUCCGGAGGAGGAGCAGUUAUUUCCCGACGCCCCCUCCGGUGUUGUGCUUACCCUUACCCUCAUUCCAGUCAGUCUCAUCCCCGUCUUGGUUUUCCUAGUGGUCUGGAAGAGCAAGAUCUGCGACUAAGUUGGAAAUGUUGAAUAUGUGCUGUUUGAAUGUGUCUUAGGUCCCUUCCUGAAACAACCCCUAUCAAAAAUGUCCUCUAAGUAUUUUCUUAUAAUGUGUUUAUUUUUAAAAUAUGAUUAUUGUAUGUAUAUUAAGAUUGUUUCUAUUUGUAUAUUUGUAAUGUUGCAAAAUACAUUUACUUAUUUCUUUCACAAAAAAAGUAUUAUAAUUGUAUCUAUUCUGAAACAACCCCAUGUCAAUAUAUUUAUAUUGUAAUACAGUAUAAGGGCAAUAAGUACCUACAAUUAAUUUAC